AUGGGACCUUCUUCAAAUCAAGGCGAACUUCUAUUUAAAGAAGAUUCUUUAUCAGCCCUUGGACCUGGUUAUGAGGUACAAAGUGGUGUGAUCACGGUGGAUGGAAAUGAGUCCUCUGAAGUAUUUAGUGAUACCUUCUACGCAGGAUUUAAAAUUAAGAGCGAGUCUAUCACGCUGAGUAAGAGCGAUUCUGCUACUGCUGACAUAGAGCAGACAAUUCCUAAAGGCUGCUAUUACACUGACGACGAAGAACCAAAUUGUGAAGAAAGAAUUACUUUUGAAGACGGCUCAUCUGUACCUUAUAUGUGUACUGGAAAACUUCGAGUACAAAACACUGCUGAUGUUGGAAAUUCUUUUGUAAAAAUAAAGAGUUUAAAGAAAGAUGAACAAUGGACAAGUACCAUACAUAGACAUAGGAUAAUGUUGACAACUGCUGAUAGCACAUAUGACGAUGCAGCAGACUUCGACCUACAAGUAUACGUAACAGACACUACCGGUCACGACAAACGAAGAUCAGUCAGAGCAGAGGUAAGUGUAACAGACAAUUACAGACAUUGGAACAUGAGAUGUUACUCACACGUCGAUCCACAUAUGAAAACUGUUGACGGAUUGAAUUAUGAAGCCCACAAGGAAGGAAAUUAUACAUUAUACAGGAACAUGAAAUAUCAAACAGAGGUUCAACAAUCAGCUCAGUAUUGUUCCCCUGGAUCAAACAGCGGACCUGUAUGUGCAUGUGGAAUUGCAAUCGCUGUUGGAGCUGACACUUUCAUCUUUAAUAAAUGUUAUAACACCAUAUUCAAAUUCGACUUAAAGUGUAAUGAAGGUGGCCUUAUUGAUAUCGACCAAGUGCACCCCUAUCGUUAUAGGGUUAGAACGCCAAUUGGUACCAUUAUCGAAAUAACUUUUAUUGGAUGGAGUAGCACAAUGAACAUCGACAUAUACAUGUCUGCUAAAGAUUUCGGCAAUGUUGAUGGCUUAUGUGGAACAUUUGAUGGAAACAGAAGUAAUGACCUUCUUCACAGAGACAACAAAACCAUUUCAAAUGACAAUAAUCGGAGUUAUCGCUUCGCAGAUAGUUGGAGAUUGUCGGAUGAAGAAAACUUGUUUAAAAAUGAUGCACGCUUAAUGACACCAUGGAACACUCAAAUGAACGGGAUAGCAGACCAGCCUUGUAGCAGACCUAACUCUAUAACAAAGAGAAAAUGUAAGAUUAAUCGUAGAAAUAGGCGAGCAUCUCAAAUUCCUGUACAGCACAAACAUAGGAGCCGGACAUCUGUAUCCCGAGAAAAAAGGAACACAGACAGUUUCACAGAGGAAGAAGCAUUUGCACUGUGUAACAGCUCCAUUUAUAAUACUCCAGCAGUUAUGGAGUUUCCAGACUAUCUUGCCGAAGAAGAUCCGGACAUAAUUGUUGAACAAUGUGUUUAUGAUUUGACUCAUGGGAACGACACGGGCUGGGUAGAUGCACAUGUCACUAAUGUAAACAAUGUCGCAGAUACUGUUCUAAACCUCAAUCCUGUAUUUGUUGCAAAUAAUACAGACAAGGUUAACACCUUUCGUUUGCAAAUUUGUUUGAACAAUUGUAGUGGAAAUGGUGAAUGCCUUGAGACAG